AUGGCUACCAAACAAGGUAUCCCCGUAACAGCUGCUCCGACAGGCUCCAGCCAUCGUCGCUCUAGCAGCGGCAUAUCCGAUGAUGCAGCAAAAUCCGCCCAUGACUUCAUGGCCGGCGCUAUUCGACGAUCGAGCAGUGGAAUCACUGAUGAAGCUGCUAAAGCUGCCCACGAUUUUAUGCAGGCCUCCAAAGCCUCCGGUCCCGGUUUGAGUGACGACCUCACCGAGAAAGCACACAAAUUCAUGGAUGGUCCUGCUACACAUCGAGAAAGUCACAGCAAGCAUUUGCCAGACGUGACAUUGCCUGGAAUAACGGAUGAGAUUGUGGAGGAAGCAUUGGAAUUCGAGGAGAGUGUGGAGAAAACUGGGAAAGAAUAG